GAAUUCUUUGGUGACGACUUCUACGGGCGGGAGGAGGAGGAGAAGCCGCAGUUCGAGGAGGAGGAAGGGCUGGAGGACGACUGGAACUGGGACACGUGGACGGGCCGGGAUGAGGAUCCGGAUGGGGAUCCGGCCGGGGAUGUGGAACAGGAGGAAGGCGGCAGCCACGAGCCGCACUGCGAGGACCCCGACUUCGUGAUGGAUGCGGAUUACGACCCCCGCGCUCCCGCCGGGAAGCAGCCGCCGGCGCCGGGGCGGAAGCGCCGCUUCCGGGAGGCCCUGGCGCGGCCCAAGCCGCUCUUCGACCCCGCCGCCGGCUCCUUCGAGCGCUACCUGGACGAGUUCUACAGCCUGGACUACGAGGACCUGGUGGGCGACCUGCCGUGCCGCUUCAAGUACCGCCGCGUGCCGCCCUGCGACUUCGGCCUCAGCACCGAGGAGAUCCUGGCGGCCGACGACAAGGAGCUCAACCGCUGGUGCUCCCUGCGCAAGACCUGCAUGUACCG